UGCUGUUAUCCUCGAGGAUCAGUACGAACGAGAUCGCGUGCGAUGUGAUUGUUUUCAGUCUUCUUCAAUUAAUUCUGUUAUGUGUUUUUCGGUGAUUCCAAUCUUUUUGGUGACUGUUCUUUAGCUGUUUGAGUGAUAAGGAAAGAACCAACGUUCGUAGUUUCGGACGUUGGAAACUUUGGAGAGUUGUACAAAAAGCGGGAAACAGUGUAGAGCUUCUUGUAGAGUGUAAACAAUACGUAUAAAACAUGCAGCAGGAAUUUUAUACUUCUUGUAUCAAAAUACACGGGAUACCUCUUCUCCCACCGCUGACAACCGAUAGCAUUAAAGAAGAAAUGAGACAUUACAGAUCUCUAGCGAUGAAAGUAGAGGAACGAUUGAAGAGUAGACAGCUUAUGAAAUGCGCUAAAGACAAGUGCGUACUAGCCGACAUAACAGAACCAGUAGAUAUAUUAAGGGAUAUCAAAUAUAGUUCAGAUAGUGACAUAUCCAAUUACAAUACCACGAGCGAUAAUACAUACAAUAGCGAUUCAUUUUCCAAAAUGACUAUUGUUGAACGUGUGCAAACAAGACAAACAACUCCAGAAAGCAGAGACGAGUGUAAUAUUCAGUCUUCCGCAUCCGAUGUGCAGCCCUUACAGUUUCCAGUUUGUUUAAACAAUGACACAGUCAAUGAUGUGCCACCUAUAUCAGAAGGUAUUGAUAAAAAUAAAUGUAUCAACGAGACAGGAACGGCAGUGGCAAAUGAAGGUUUAACAUCGUCCGAGAGUAAGCCUGAAAUACCCAAAACCUUGGAUAUAGUUCCAUUAACGUUAGAUAAGGAGGUUGACAGUAUUCAGUCCUUUACAAUUGUUCCCAAAGAGAAUGAGAAUCUGCCUAAGUUAUCACGUCAAGGUUCUUAUGUUUUGGAAACACCAAGUCCUUGUUUGCUUGCACAUAUGGACACAGAUCUGGUCGAUAAGGAAUACAUUCCUACACCUACCACUAAUGCAUCACAACGAAUGCAGUGCAAUGCAAUAGUGUCGUCCAAGGUGGAGUGGCAAAAUGAACGACUUACAGCAGAAAAUACCAAAGAUGCAGUAAUAGAUAAGUCUAAACACAAAAUAAAUGCAAACCACGAAUUAGUUUCUCAGCAUACAGAGGCCAAUACAUCGAUAGAGUUACAUCAAGUAAACGAAUCUAGUUCCAUUGCAGCAGAGCAUCUCACUGAAAAGCAUACAUCUGAAUCUGACACGCAAAUAAAGCAUAAUCAAAUAUCUGAUAUCGAUUUAAGACAGCAAGGUUUGUUAGAAAAAUCAAAGGAAGGCAGCAGCAUACAAGUGUUACAUUCAGCGAAUAAAUCACAAGAACUUAUGGAAGAUACGUGUAAUUCUGAAAUGCAGUUGUCUUGCAUGAGUGGAAAUCAAUAUCAUAAUGAUGGAAUUGAGGCUGGUAAAGAAUGUCAAGAUUUAAUUGUCAAAACCAAAUCGUCCACCAUACCUGAAAAGCUCUUGACAGUCUACAAACAGAUUGAAGAAAUGCACAAAAAACAGAUGAUGGAAUUAAUAAGUCGGCAACGGAAGGAACAAUCGCUGCUGGAGGCAGAGUUUCAGAAACAGCAGACGAUUUUGUUAGCUGAGAUACGAAAGUGUUCUUUUGGAACACCUCAUCAAGCAGACGUUUCAAACGCUAUGUCCAAUCAAUUGUUGUCAGGCGGUGAAACAAGAUUAGAAGAUAGCGAAGCAAGAGAGCAAUUAAAUGUAAAUUUCCCUAGCAAUUUACGUGCAGAAACGCCUCGUAAUAGCAAAGUAUCCUCAGCGAAUCAUGGGAAUGCUGUAUGUCCGUUAGACUACAUUUCUCCGAAGAGUUUCCACUUGCUUAAAUCUCAUGCAUCUUCGCCUCUCAUUACGGACGUUUCCCUCACAGCACUCAACUUUAAUGUUAUGAGAAAAGUAAAUUCAUGCGACGUCACACAUAAUAAUAACAAUAAUAGUAAUGAUUAUAACAGCAAUUGCGAAUCGCAUGAUCGUUCCGCGCGUAAGAAUUCGACUGUGAAUCGCCAGUUAUUUCCUUUGGACAGUAAUACCAUGCACGUACCGGUACUAGAUACUUCCGCGUACCUCGAGAAGCACAUUCGAGCAGUGAAUAUUAUCAAUGCUUAUGCACGGGGUUAUUUAGUGCGUAGAUUAAUGCGGACCGAACGUGUUAUCACUUUAAAGAAGACAUAUAAAGAGGCAUUACAGUGUAUGCUCAAGCUACACGUUGAUGCACCCUUAAACUUGGCAGAAGUGAAUUUCCUUCACCGUCUCCAGUUGCAGUGUGACGCAGCGUCUAUGAACUUGGUAGAACUAUUCGCUCAGUCACCGACGAAGAGGAUGAAAGUAAUAGAGCAAGAUCGCGAGAUCAAGCAAUCCCGAGCAGAACGGCCAAGUUCGUCACGAUCGUAUUCGUUCGCCACGCAAAAGACUUUAGCUAGAAAAAACAUAAAAGAAUUCGAAUCCACAAUGACAAAAUAUCAGCGACCAACAUUGAUCAUUAAAAAGAACAUUGUCAGAUCUAGAUGCCAAACGUGGACAUCAAAUUUAAGGGACAGACUCGUAUCGCCGAACGCGUUGCAUCAAGGUAUUAGAAGAAGCACUAGUGCUGGAACUGUUCGGAAGCCAUGGCGAUGAUAAACAAAGUGCCUUACGACGUAUGAAUAAGAGAUACACCAAUUUUAUUGUUCGAAAACAAAGUUACAUCAUGCUAAUAAUUAUAUUAGAUGUGCAAAUAAGUUCUACCCGCUAUUAAUAAAUAGCGUUAGCUUAAAGAGAAUCAUAUGUGGGAUACAAAUUUUAUUUUGUUUUUAACAAUUAAUCAUUCUGCAGACAGACAGACAGUAACAAGUACGCAUAUCGGACACUGUUUACUUUAUGAUCUUAACCAAGGUAAAAGAAUCAAAAAGAACGAUCUGUGCGACUUUUGGGAAAAGUGCUAUUGACGAAAGUACAAUGUCGCAGAUGGUUUAGAAAAUUUCAAAGUGAAGAUUUUUAUUUUUUUUAUAAAAAAAUUAUUUACUGGCAAGGGACUAGUGAUUCUCCUGCACGACAACGCAAAGUCACAGAAAAGUCAAAACGCCUUAGACGAGUUUCAGUGGGAAGUCUUAUGAUACUCGGUUUACUCUCGUCUUAUGAUAUCCUCGCCUGAUUGCACCAUCGGAUUACCACUUGUUCCGCUUGAUGCAAAACAACCAGAUAGACUAGCACUUAAAGAAUAAGUCCAAAGAAGAUGGAUCCACGAUUUUAUAGCGUCAAAGGUUAAAGUAUUUUUUCGCCGCGAAAUUCACCUGUUACCUAAACGUUAGCAAAAAGUAGUAUGUGCUGACAAAAACUAUGUUGAUUAACAUUUGACCUAUUAGUUUUUGAUAGUAAAUAAAAAAAGAGUUGCUUCAAAAGCGGGUAAAACUGAUUUGCUCUUCUAUAUUAAAGCGUUUCGCUUUAGAGCUAUUUUUGCCUUGGAAAAAGCGUAGUAGCUAAAAGCGUGUCUGAUUUUCCGAUAAGCUUAUUUAAUAUUAUUGUCAUUUCCCGACUGAUAUAAUACUUAUCUGUGAUAUGUGUAUAUUUUUUAAUAUAUAUUCGCUUCCUACUUUAUAUUUAUUAAAGCCAACCUGAAGGGGGGAUGUUUUAUGAGGGCAUUCUCCAAGAUACAUAUAUCCAAAGUUCAGGCAAUAAAUUGAUUUUAUUGUCGAAAGGUUUAUUAUAUAAAGAGACACACGUAUAUUAAAGCAUGCUUUUUUUAUUCGAAUUUUGAUUACAACAUUGUAUAAUAUGAAAAACUCUAUGGAUAUUACAUUAUUUUCUGGAUGUAACUGGACAUAAAAGUUUGUCAUACAACUUGGAACCGGAAUGUGAAUUUCCCACCAAUCC